AUGACCGACAUUACACCUAUCCUCAACGAAUGCCUCAACUCCCAUGGCGCUGUGGGCAUUCAAUCCAGAUCCAAACCCGGAGAAGACGAACGACCGUCGACAGAGACGGUGGAUGAGUUUUUGAAGGAGGCAUAUAGAAUAAAUGCCCACAUCACUUCCCUGCUCACCUACCUCAAAUUCAUCCGACAAUCAUAUCUCUCCACCACCACUCCCCGAGCCCCUUUCUCCCAUAAUAACAUUUCCCCACCAGCUAUCCAAGCGCAUCACCCCCUCAAACAUCAAAAGCACCAGCUAGAACAGCAGCACUUAACAGACGCAGACCGCGACACGAUCGACUCCUCCACCGCACUCCUCCUCCGCGACCUCUCCAGCUCAAUCAGCAACCUUGCUUCAGCCGAAACUCUCCGCCAAGAAACCCAAUCAACACUCCUGCGCAAGAAAUUCGGCCUCGAUUUCAAGAAUAGUGCGCUGUGGAAGUGGGCGGCGGGGGGGAAUGAGCUUGAAAAAAAGGCGGGUUCGGUUGAGCAGGAACGGCUGGAGGAGACAGAGAGGACGCUGAAGACUAUUAGGGAAAAUGUGCUGUGGUGGCUGAGGAGGAGGUUGGAAGGGGUUGCGGAGGUUCAGAGGGGGAUGGUCGAGAAGAGGAUUGAGAGGGCUAGGGAGAAAGAGAAAAGUAUUUUGUAUAAGAUGGGUGGCAUGUCUGGUGUCGGUGUUGGUGUUGGUGUUUGUAGGGGAGAUGAGAGUGGGUUGCCAUUAAGGGAUCGCGUUGCGCUUGGUGCCGGUGCUGGGGAUAUUGCGCCCGAUAUGAUUGAUGAGAAGGAAAAGGCGGAGAUUGAAUCCAAGCUGUCGCCGGAGCAGCUGCAGCUAUUUGCGCAAGAGAAUGAUGGGCUGCUGAAGCGUUAUGAGGAUAAUUUGGGAAAAGUACAGAACGCUGAGAAAUCCCUCCUGGAGAUAUCCUCUCUACAGCAGACACUGGUUAUGCACCUAUCCACGCAAGAGGAGUUCAUAAAUCAGCUCGUUACGGAUGCGGUUAAUACGGAGACCAAUGUAGGGCAAGGAAACAAGGACCUCAAGCGGGCGGCUGAGCGACGAAGUACGGCUCAAGCGGUGUUUUGGGGGACUGUUGGGCUGUGUACGUGGCUGGUUAUCUGGGAUGCGAUUUUUUGA